AGAUUGUGUGCCCAAGGUUCAGCGGGUUGUCCUUCGGGGAGGAGACAGAGGGAGUAGGAAAAAAAAAUUGGGUCGGGGUCAAGGAGAGGAAUGACAUUGUGUCAUUUAUCUUUUUUAGAUUCGCGUCCAAGAUGGUUUGGACGCCUGACUUGCGGGUCCGCAUGUGUGCAAUGCAGGCGUUGAUCACUCAGUUAACAACCCGGGGUAGGAAUUGAAGUUGGCUUCAGGGGCAAUGGCGGAAAGAGAAUACUCAUGUCAGGGGCAAUGACGAAGGGAGAAAUUCUCUCCUGUUAUCAGUGGAAGAGAGGUAGAGAGGUAGUAUAUAGGAGGACAGGCAACAUGUAUCAAGUGUAUGCAGAUACAUUGUAACUGGCCUCUUUACCGGUAGUGGUUGCUCUCCUGUUGCUUGUCCGUUCUUACUAUCCGUCAGCAAAUUUCAUCCAUCUUAAAAAAAAAAAAAAAAAAAAAAAACAAAAAAAAAAAAAAAAACAUACAUCUUGCUCUCAGUCUCGCGGUGCUUGUCUUUGUGGGGAUUCGAUCCGCUGUGUCUCGUGGUCUGUGCUUUCUCCGUUCCCUCUUCUUGUACGCCCAUCUUUGUCGGUGAUUCUGUGAGAAGAAGGGCGUAGCUCUAUCUUAAAUGUAUUUGAACGCAUUUACGGUUGGAGCUGGAUGUAUCUGACCCCAAUCACGUCCAUAAAUAAGUAAGAAAGUCGUGAUGUGCGCGUGCCCUAAGGGGAUAUCCUUUGACCGCCAAGUUGGUUUUUUGCUACCCCUCUCUUCCCUGAGGAGUUGUGGUUUUGGGGGUUGAGGCCUGUGGGGGCGAAACUUCCCACCUGUAUGGGUUAUAAGCAUUGUUGGCUGGUAAAUUGCAGAUGACGUGGAGGAAGACCCACCUUUCCCUCGGGAUAUCGAGGGCAUUUUUGUAGGAGGGGACAGGCGGCCUUCUGCCUUUUUCAAUUGGGCUGGGCAACCCCCUGACCAUCAUCAUCAUCAUCAUCGUCAUCAUCUCCAUCAUCACUAUCAUCAGCAAUCGUCGUUAUCAUUGUCGUUGGCAUCAUCGUUUGCUUCGUCAUCGUCUUCAUAAUCACAUCGACGCUGUCAUCAUCAUCAAAGGGGAGGGUUCUGCCAUUUGUUGGUUAUCUUCUGAGAGGUUUUCACCACGUGUUCCUUGUUUCCGAUGCCACGUGUCAGCAAUAUACGGACACGGCGGCCUUGUCGUUGACAUCUGCUUGAGGGCGGGGGGGCUGAUAGUUAUUGCUGAAGGGAAAGCGUGGCAGGUUUGUCCGUCGAGUAUCGGUGCGCGCGCGAUCAAUGUAUACUGCUGCCUGAUGAGCGGACAUUGACUGAUUGCUGCCCCCAAGGAGUAAUGAAUCGACUCGAUUAAUUUGGCGCGCAAUGGCAGUGCAAUGGAAAGCGUUCGGUGGCGUCCGAUGAUGGUUAACGGCAGUGAGGAUGAAGGGGACGAUGAUGUAAUCAGAGAGUCGGCUGGGCGAGGGAGGAGAGGAGGAAAGAGAGGACUAGAGGGAGGAGAGGGAAGAGGAUUGCGUGGAGGAGUGGGUGGAGGAGUGGGUGGAAGAAAGGGAGGAGGAAGAGGAGAGGAGAGAGAAGGAAGUUGCAUUUGGGUUCCAAACAGUUAUGCCUUUCGGGAAAAGCCAGGACUCCGGGUAUCGAAAGCAGGAGGAUUGGGCGGCGUCUCGGAUUAUUUGGUUGCUAUCUGCAAGUGACAAAGGGUGAGAGAGGGGAGAGAGAGGGAGUGGCAGCAUCGGGUAGGAGGAGGGAGGUGGUCCUCUUGUGAGGAUGAUGGGGAAAUCGGGCGGGGGGAUGUUGAGCGCGACGUUCCUGCGCGUGCGGGACUUCACAUCAAACAUCUUUUCGAAUCUCGCAGGGAGCGGAGACGGUGACACGUGGCGAAGCGUGACGGUGAAGAUCGAGGACAAAGGUAAUCCCGGAGGCGAGAGUUGCAGUGGGAGUGGGGGGGCCGGGGGGGGGGAGAAGGACGAAGGACGCACGAACAAGGGGUGCAGGGAGAAGAAUGGAGAAGCAGAGGAAGGAGCAGGAGGAGGAUUGUCGGUCGGGGUCGGAGUGGAGGUGAGACAUGGGCAACGGCAGAAGCGGACGCGCAUACAGCAAGAGCGACUGGGAGUGGGAGGAGGAGGGAUAGAUGGUGAGGCUGAAGGAGCCGUGGUUGGCGCGAGCAGCGCAGAAGCGCGCGCAGAGAUAAACGGAAAUGGAACGAUGGACAAAGCAGGGGGGGAGGAGGGGGGGCAGGAGAGCAGCAUGGCAGGCAGGAAGGCUGGUGGGAGGCAGAAACAGCCGGUGACGGAGGAGUGUACUGCGGGGGGGCUCGAACGGGAUGGAAAUGAUGACGUGGCAGCUAGGGAGGAGGAUGGACUAUGGAGGUCUAAGAGGAGGAAGAUUGCGCUCGAAGGGGGGACUAGGGGGGCGAAGGAGGCGGAAGUGGAGGAGGUGGUUUGCCGGUCUGUUCCAGCCUGGGGAGCCUGCGGGAUCGCGACACGUGCGGCUUCGGGGGAUGGAGGAGGCGGCGGAACAUAUGGCAGCGGAAGAGGCGGGGGAGGGAUAUCUAUCAAUAGGGCGCGCGAUUGCCAGGUACCGGUGUCUGUGUCGCUGGGGACAAGGGGGUUGGGCGGAGGGGGAGUGGGGGGGGGUGGAGGGCUGGUGGAGGCGCUCGCCGCCGCUCGAAGCAGCAGAGCUUUUCGGCCCCUGGCUGUUCCGCGAGGAAAGGGGAAGGAGCAGGGCGGCGCGAGGGGGAUUCGGAUUGGUGUUGGCGGGAAGGCGGGGAGAGGCGCUCAGGGUGCGGCGGCGGUUGGAAAUGGAGGAGCUGCGCCGGUGGUCGUUCUUGAUGAUGAAGAGGGAGAGGGAGGACAUGUCCGAGCUACUGAUUUGGCGGGAGGAGGUACACGGGCUGCGCGGGGGAAGAAGGUGGUCAUUAGCGAUACAGAGAGCAGCAGUGGAAACGAGGAAGAUAAUGAAAAUGGCGCCAAGAAAACCGCGCGAAGCGUGGGACGCAGGAGAGCGCAGGUGGCGGAUCCGUUCUUCGUAGAUGAUCUUGAUGACGUGGACGACUUCGUUUUUGUGAGAGGAAAAGGUGGGAAUGAUAACGGUAGCGAAGCGGCGGCGGCGGCGAGAUUGGGAAGAGGAAGCGAGGGUAGGCGAGCGGAGAAAGGGGAGGAGGGAAAUGGUGGACUGGUCGGAGAUCUGGGGGGAAUGGGGCUAGCAGCAGCAGCAGCGGCAGCAGCAGAAGAAGCAGCAGGAGCAGCAGCAGCAGCAGCAGCAGCUGCGGGGAGCUGCAGUGUCGGAGCCGGUGUGGAAUGCGAUGGAGGAGGCCGGGGUCAGUCCAGAUGGGGGGGAGGGGGGUUUGGCAAGGGGGGGGCUACUAUUGGAACGGAAGGGGGAACAAGGUUUUUUGGACAGUUAAAUAGGGGGGCUUGCGGGAGAGGUAAAGGCGCGCUAGGAGGAGGGGGGGGAUUGAAUGGGUUCGUGGGGGGAACGCGGCCUCUUGCCGGGGACGUGGGGACUGCUGCUUAUCCGGAUUUGGCGACAGACCUUGUCGAUGGGAUGAUAGGGUCGGGAUUAGGUCCAGGUUCGGCAUCAGGUCGCGGUUUAGGUUCGGGAGGAGGUCCGGGAUUAGGUUCGGGAUCGAGUGGUGGUCCCGGCGGAGGAGGUGCGGGGGGACGGGGGACGGCGGCGGCGGCGGCGACGCCCCCCAACGGUUUUCGCUAUGGGAUGCCAUCAACAGCGGCAGCAACUCCCGAGGGGACUGAUGUGAUAGGGUCAUCGAAGUCGGUCAGGGGAUCGACGAAGAAAGACCCGCACAGAGAGGUAGGAGGAGGAAGAGGAGGACGAGGGAGAGGAGGGGAAGCGGAAGAUGGGUGUGAAUCGGACUGCGUGUUUGUUGGAGAGGUGCGAAGGGGUGGGGGAGCCGCGGGGCGCGCCUCGGGAGUAGCCGCAGCUGCCACCCGCCGCCUGGGGGGAGAAGGGUUUGUCAUCUUACCGGGAAAGGGGUUGGUGAGGAAUGGGGGGCAGCGAGCAGGGCGCAGCUUUGAUGGUCGGUUACGAAGCCGGAGGCUGCGGAUGCCGGCGACAAAUGGAGGAGGUCAUGAUGGUGGGAUGGAGUCGUCGCGGCUUAGACCCCAGCGACCGAGAUCCCGGUUUCAGCAAUGGGGACGCGGUGUUGGGGAGCGAGGAGGCAAAAGGCAGGUGGGAGGGAGGGAGGGAGAGGGGUUGCGCAGUGGCCUUAGGAAUGAAGGGGGGUGGCGGUUUGGGUUCGGGCAGAGUGACUUGGAAACCAGCGACGAGAGUGGAGGGACAGAAGUUGGAAUAGCCACCGCCGUCUUACGUGACUGGGAGGAAAGGUUAUCGACUGAUGAUGACGUGGCGGAGUCAGACGAGGCGGCGGCUGAAAGUGUGUCUGGCUACGAGGAGGAGGAAAGCGAGAGCGGCGAUGACGAUGGGCCGAGUAGCUCCUCUUCAUCGGCUGUGUUUGGAGCCUCACAGGAGGAUAUCAAGAGGCAAUGGGAAACCGCAGCGGCGAGGAGGAAGAUGAACGUGGAGGCCGCGAAGAUGGGUGCGUCGUCAGCACCGAGGUCUGUCAACGAAGCAGUGGUGGCAGGGGAGAGGGGUAAAGAGAGAGUGGUAGGUGGGGGGGCGACGACGAGUGGAAUACUUGGUCGAGCGGGAGGGGGAGGGGGGGUAGGAGGGGGAAAUGAGACGAAGGAGCGAGGGGUAGGGAAGGGGGUAGGAGGUUGGGGGGGCAAAGGUUUGUGGGACGAUGAUAAUCAGGGCGGGUCGUCUUGGAGAAGCGGGGGCGGGUUGUCGCGUUGGGAGGCCGGCGGAGAGCGCCACGUGGAGUCUGGAGCGAGUGACUUAGACGCAGGGGGACCAGCCGGAGCAGCAGGAGCAGCAGCAGCGGGGACCGCAGAGGAGGCCAUGCCGCCGGCGGCGCAGUUUGUCCAUGUGGAUGAUGAGUCGACCCGUUGUGGUUUCGGUAAAGCUCUUGAUGGCAUUCUGAACAAGAGGGGCGGGGCAGAGGUUGGCGGCGCGAAACAGUCUGCGGAAGGUGGUGGGGGGUGUUGGCAAUGGGGAUCGGGGUCCAGAUCUGGCGGCGCUGGCUUCGACCCCGAGCGGGACGGAGGCGGACUCGAGAAAGGGAGCGUGGGGAGUUUCAGGAUGGCUGCUGGUGAACAACCAGCAGCAGGCGGGGACGUAUUGUUGAACAACAGCAACAGCAGAUCGAGCGAUGUCCGCUCUCCGCUGGUGGAAGGGAGAGCUGCGGGAGGAGGAGAGAAGGGUGGCGGUGGGGGAGCAGCAGCAGAUGAGACGACGGGGAACGGUGAAGUGGGGGCGUCGGGCAGCGAUGAAGCGGGGCGGGGAGCGGGCGCGGUUCCUGGCGGGGGGCUGGCAGGGGAGCAGGACUCCAACGACGCCUGGGAAAGAUGGAGUUCCCGGGUCGCGAGUCUGAGCAAUGCCGGGGGGAGAGGGAGGGGAGGACCAGGGGUGUUUAGCUUGGGUGGGCGCAGAGGAGGAGGGCGAGAAGGAGAGAAGGGGCGAUUCAGGCCAAUGGGCGAGCGGUACGAACGGUUUUGUGCGACCAAUGACGAGCUGAAGAUGGGUAAGUUCCGACGUGGUGCGGCGUCCGGGAGCGGGAGCAGGGGGGGGGUGGUAGGAGCGGAGGUCGGCGGAGACGGGGGAAGUCGCGGUAGCUUUGGCCUGGACAAAGAUGCGGAAGGGCGGGGCGGAGAGAAGGUGGGUGUUGGGGGAAGGGAUGGAGGAGGAGGAGCGGAAGGCGUGAACGGUGGUGGUAUGACGGAGGGGGCUUCCAAAAGGGAAGAAGAGGUGUGGAAGGAGCGGAGUGCGCCAGAAGGAGAGGAGCGGAAGGGGAGCGGGGGGGAAGGGGGGGAGGGUGAGGACCCUCGCCCAACCUCUGGUGCCACCGAAAGGCAGCAGGAGCCGAUGGGCGGGGAGCUCUCUGGGAAUAGAUUGGCACCCGGGAUCUGCGCUGAACGUGAGGAGGAUGGAGCGACCGGUCGUACCGAUGGGUGUGAAGAGCAAGGUGGUCGGGGUGUGCGAGGUCAAGGCGAGGGCAAUGAGCCGACGACGUCUUGUCCUGCCAGAGGAGGAGUGGAGUUGGGAGGAGAGGAGAAUGGGAGGAGGAGGAGGGAAUCUGUUGCCGACGAUGCGAAGGCGAGCGAGGUGGUGGGUGGUAGUGAUGUCCAUGCCGAGAGGAACGGUAGUGGGUAUCCAGGGAAUGGCUGUGAGAACGGGGUCAUCUCGGUGAUAAGCGAGGAGGAAGAAAUGGAAGAGGCAGGGGGGAAGGGGAAAGAACAGGAAACGAGAGGCGAGAACAAGGAGGAGGAGGAGGAGGAGGAGGAGGAGGAGGGGAAAGCAGCAGAAGAGGACCGGCAGCAGCAACUACAACAGGAAAGAGCGUGUAUCGUGGGUUUGACACGAGAGAUCGUGAAAGAUAGCGAAGCGUAUCGCGCUGCAGAGGAGGAAGAGUGGAGGAGAAGAGAAGAGGAGGUCAAGCGGCAGGCUGCGGAGGCCCAAAAACUGAGGAGAAGGAAGAAGGCUGAAAUGGAAAGAAGGCUGAAGAUGGAGGCUCGACAACGGCAGCGUCUCGAGGACCUCCGGAAGCAUCAACGACAGGAGCAACACAGUUUGGGUCAGAAAGAGCAGAUCAGGGGGAUGAUUAGAGCAAACCUGGAGCGCAAGGUGGUUGGCUGCGUGGACAUGGUAUCUUUGCUAAGGGUGCUAGGGAUCCAAGUUGAGGGAGGAUUGCGGCCUUCGCCAGAGCAGGUUAGCAGUGCAUACAAGAAAGCGUUGCUUCGUUUCCAUCCGGACCGUGCUGCUGCGUCUGGAGGUCGUGACCCAAUGAAGCAGGUGGAAGCAGAAGAGACUUUUAAACUUAUGUCCAGAAUGAAGAACACACUUCCCCUAACAGGGUAUUAAAGUCUGCCAUUCCCAGAUCGAGCGAGGUGCGGGUUGCUGGGUAAAGAUCGUUGUGGUUGUAGGGGUGGCUGUGAUUUGUGCCAACCCUCCUUAGCUUUAUUUGUAGUUCUGGUGAGGAACCUCGUAAAUAGCCUUUGGGGCAGGUUUUCACACCCCUUCUUACCCCCCCCCGCGUACCCCACCAUCCGAGUCCUCCUGGUCUGCGUCUUCCCUGUCAAAUGACUUCUCUUUCUAUCAAGCUCCUGUGCCAAAUGGCUUCUCUUGCUAUCGAGCUUCUGACGAAUGGCUUCUCUUUCUAUCGAGCUCCUCUGUGCCUGCUGCUGCCGUCUCGCUUGAGAUUUCUUGGCUGUUGUCUGUCUCGCCAUGAUCCCUUGGGUACUUUCUUAGUGUGAAGUUUUGUGGUAUAUCGUAUAUGUAUUUGGCCUGAAUGAUUGAAAGGUUCGUUUACUUUCUUUGUGUAUUGUUUAGUGGGUGAUCGGCCAUUGUGUGAUGUAAAGAACGCGAUUGGGGUUACUCUUCAUCUUCACGGUUUCAUGGUCUGGGGUGAUGACACUUGUAUUGGCACAAAGAGAAUGCACCAGAAGGACUGGCAGAGUGAGCGUGUAUAUUUUGCACCCCAACGAGCUAGUCAACAGGCAGAGGAAGCUGCCUUCUUAACAGAGAAUGCCUGGCUCUAACCCUGGCUGCGUUAGGGUGAGGGCAACCCUGGCUGCAUUAGGGUGAGGGUAGAGAGGCAGCAUUGAGCAAUAUCAUGGUGCUGAGUUAACGUUGAGCCCACAGUAGUUAUGAGUUCACCCUUCUUUCCUUUGCCUCUUUCUUUCCAAAUUCUUGUUUCUCUUUCCUGCAUCUCAUUGUGUGUGUUUGCACACACACACAUCUAUGUGAAGUAUUUACGAUCGGGCUCUUCCUCGUGUUCUUUUUCUCAGUAUGUUGUACGAAAAGAGACUCCUACCACUGCCACUUGGUGUCAUCGGCCCACGCUUAGUCCGUUGUGAAGAGCAGGAUAGAAUGUUCUUCAACCCCACGUUCAGACUGUUCGUUACACAUCGCGGAUGAUGACAGGAAUGUAUACAAGUCGCGUCUUGCUCUAUGGUUUUGCAACCAUUGUUCUGCUGUCAUUAUAUUAUUUCGCAUUACAUUACCAGAUUUGUUUUUUUUUCCUUUCCUUUUCUUUUCUUUUUCUGCUCCCCUCUCAGAUUCAGUAUUUGUAAUCUGAUCUGUUUUUUUCUGAAUAAGUGUUGGGAUUGGUGUCCGUUGGUAGGACCGCUGUACAUCAUGUUGUUUCAACCUUUGGCAGAUGCUUGACAGAAAGU